UGAGCCAAACAAUAUAUAUAUCAAUAUCUUUAAAGUACAUUAGCAUUUAUGGAUGCAGCAAUGACAUCUGAUUUUAAAUAAAAACAGAUCCAUGGAUAUUUGUCCGGUGGUUUUUAGGGUUAAUGCCCGGUGGAAGCAGAACAGUUUUUUGCAAGUAAUGCAGUAUAAAUAGCUACUUGAGUCAGUUCAAUUCCCAUCCCACACACACCUUCAUACACUCUCACAACAUAUUUCAAUGGCAGCAAACAAGGGAAUGUACUCAUUUCUCAGAGAUCGAUCACACCAAGACUACUUGGGCAAAGGUGGUGAGAGCUUAUGAAAUGCCACCUCAGUCCAGGGGAAGAGAGAGGAUAGAGUUGGUUUUCAUGUAUUUAUAUCUACAGUAUCGAGUUGGUCUUCAAUGUACAGAAACAUUAAAUGUUUUACAACUACUGAAGCAAAUUUGGAAGAAUUGUGUGUCCAUGGUUAUUGGAGUUAAUGCCAGCUGGAAAGUAGAGCACUUUUUGCCUCUACAGCAGUAUAAAUAGCCUACUUCAGUGAGUUGAAUUUCCUUCCCACACACAGCACCUUCUACACUCGCAACACAUUUCAAUGGCACCUCAGUCCAGAGGAGGACAAAGGACAGGGUUGGUGUUCAUCAACUCACAGGGAGACAAAAUUCAAGGUUUGAUAGAGAGGACACAUCUAGGGAUGUUUAGGCAAAUGAUAAGAGAAAACGGGGUUUAUGCCAUUAUGCGGUAUAAAAUGGGUUCACCACAGCGCGCUGCACUCAUUCCUCUGCAAAACACACACCGAACAUUUAACCAAGCAGCGUUUGAGUGGACCCAAAUGCGCCUAUAAGCCUUUAGACAGUUCUUCGAAUUUCUCCAUCAUCGAUCGGUUGAUAGUAAUGCAGCCGUCAUCGGUGGAAUCACGACCCGAAUCAAUGGCGGCGCCUGCGGAAGAGCCACCUGCAGAGGAGGACCUGGGACAGGAGGCAGGAUGUGAUGAUGAUGAAUCUCACGAGGCGUUGAUUUUCAAGGCUCAAGCAUUAAUGGACAAAAUUACUGCCAACGCUGAGAACCCUAACCCCAAUACACUGCACGCUCUCUCCUCCAUUCUUGAAUUCGAAGAGUCCAGUUACAUGAAAGAUGUAAGCUGCCCUUCCUCGAAUGGUCGAUCUACUCAUAACAUUGGACGGCUGGGUAACCUCAUCAGGGAGAAUGAUGAAUUCUUUGAACUUAUAUCAUCAACAUUUUUAUCCGAAAGAAGAUAUUCAGUUUCUGUACAAGCUGCUGCAGCUAGGCUCCUUUUCAGCUGUUCACUCACUUUUAUGUAUCCUCAUGUUUUUGAAGAAACUGUCUUGGAUAAUUUAAAAAGCUGGGUGAUGGAGGAGACCGGUAAAUCUGGUGAUGAUCGUUAUUGGAGGCAUGAAUCAGGGGAAUGGCAGUCUUCAGACUCUGAAAUGCUGAAGACAUUCUCCACUGGUCUUCUUGCUGUAUGCCUGGCCAGUGGUAGUCAAGUAGUUGAAGAUGUGCUAACACCGGGAUUGCCAGCUAAGCUUAUGCGAUAUCUUCGCAUUAGGGUCUUGGGAGAGACACACAUAGCACAAAGAGAUUCUACAUGCCUGGCUGAUUGCAAAACUGCUUCUACUAGUAUUAGAAGUAGAGAAGAGGGUAGGGGCAGGCUGCGUCAAGUGCCUGAAUGUUCUUAUUUGGAUGUGCCUAUACUUUCAAAAGAUGGUCUUCAUGAUGAUCAAAUGACAGAGAGAGAUCGUGAUAGAAUUACUAGCAGGUGUACACUUGAAGAUGAACAUUGGAUCGAUGAAGAACCACCUGAUAUGAUUCCUGUAGAUAUCAAUAGCAAUGAUGUUGAAUCUGAGGGUGAAGAUAAAUGGCACAUAAAGGAUUUACGCGAUGGAAAGACAAAGCUCAGCAGUAGAUCUGUAAGGGAAGAAGACGUUGAUGAAACUGCUACAGAGGUCUCAAUGAGGCGUAGGGCAAGUCGUGGUUCGGCAAGAUCUAGAGUAUGGGGUAGGGCUACGGAAGGUAUCAUGGAGAAUGGACAAGCUUUGACAUCCCCUAGCUCUGGAAAUAGACUGGGAGGACAUGCUCGUAGCAGGAGUUUAACCAGGAAUAAUGAUGGGAGAAAAAUGUAUGAAAGCAAGCAGAAUAUCGAGAGGAAUCCUGCUGAUGGGUUUGGAAUAGAAAGGGAUGAAAAUGAUGAUUGCUUUCAAGAGUGUAAAAUUGGCUCUAAGGACAUAACUGAUCUUGUAAAGAAAGCUGUUGGCGCUGCUGAAGCUGAAGCUAAAGCUGCCAAUGCUCCUACAGAUGCAAUCAGAGCAGCUGGUGAUGCUGCUGCAGAAGUGGUUAAAAGUGCUGCUUUAGAGGAGUUCAAAAAGGAAAACAACGAAGAGGCUGCAAUAGUGGCUGCUUCUAGAGCUGCAUCUACUGUAGUUGAUGCUGCUAUUGCAGUUGAAAUCGCAAGAAAUGUGACAAGUAUUAAGGAUUCGCAAGAACCGAAACCUACAGAAAAGAACAGUGAGGAGGUUGAUGAAUUUUUUGUCCUGGAUGGUCUUUCCCUUGCAAAGCUGAGAGAGAAGUUCUGCAUCCAGUGUCUUGCUAUUUUAGGUGAAUAUGUUGAAGUCCUUGGGCCAGUAUUGCAUGAAAAAGGGGUAGAUGUGUGUCUUGCGCUAUUGCAACGAAAUUCUAAAGAUAAAGAUGGACCUGAAGUUUCACUUCUUCUGCCUGAUGUUCUAAAGCUGAUCUGGUCUUUGGCUGCUCAUCGUAAAUUUGCUGCGGUAUUUGUGGAUCGUGGUGGAAUAGAAAAGUUGCUUGCAGUUCCAAGAGUACCUCAGACAUUUUUUGGCCUUUCGUCUUGUUUAUUUACUAUAGGUUCAAUUCAGGGGAUAAUGGAACGUGUCUGUGCACUUCCUUCACACAUUGUCCAUCAAGCUGUUGAGUUGGUUCUUCAUCUUCUUGAAUGUUCCAAUGAUCAAGCAAAAAAGAAUGCUGCUUUGUUUUUUGCUGCUGCUUUUGUCUUCAGAGCAAUUCUCGAUGCUUUUGAUGCUCAGGAUGGUUUACAAAAGAUGCUUUCUCUUUUGCAAGACGCUGCCUCGGUAAGGUCUGGUACUUCUGGGACUAUCGCUGCUUCGGGAUCAUUACGGAGUGAGCGUUCCCCUCCAGAGGUUCUGACCUCCUCAGAAAAACAGAUAGCUUAUCAUACUUGCGUGGCAUUGAGGCAAUAUUUCAGAGCACAUCUUAUAUUAAUUGUGGAUUCAUUCCGUCCCAAUAAAAAUGUCCGUGGUGCAGCCCGAAAUAUUCCAAGUGUUAGAGCUGCGUAUAAGCCACUUGACAUUAGUAAUGAGGCUAUGGAUGUCGUAUUUCGUCAAAUACAGAAAGAUCGUAAACUUGGUUCUGCGCUGGUGAAGGCUCGUUGGAGUGUGGUUGAUAAGUUUUUAAGUUCAAACGGGCAUAUUACUAUGUUGGAGCUUUGUCAGGCGGCUCCACCGGUUGAACGUUAUUUGCAUGAUUUGCUUCAAUAUGCCCUCGGUGUGCUUCACAUUGUUACUUUAGUGCCAAACAGCCGCAAACUUAUUGUUAAUACCACACUAAGCAAUGACCGUCUCGGUGUGGCGGUCAUUUUAGAUGCUGCAAAUGGUGCUGGUUAUGUUGAACCCGAGAUUAUUGAAGCAGCAUUGAAUGUGUUAAUCAAUCUUGUCUGUCCUCCUCCCUCAAUAAGCAAUAAACCUCCUGUUUCUUCCCAAGGUCAGCAGAAUGCUCCCAUCCUUCAUUCCAAUAGCUCUAAUAUUGAGAACCGUGACAGAACUGUAGAUCGGGCUGUACAAUCUUUAAUUACUCACAACCUGAGUGAUCCCAGAGAGCGAAAUGGUGAAUCUGCUUUAGUGGAUCGGGGGAACUUAACAGCUGGCUCAACUGCCAGCAGUACAACACAAGGCCCUCAUUCUGCAGUUCCUUCGGGGUUAGUUGGAGACCGUAGAAUUUCACUUGGUGCUGGGGCUGGUUGUGCUGGCCUUGCUGCACAGCUAGAACAAUGCUACUAUCAAGCAAGGGAGGCUGUUCGUGCCAACAAUGGUAUUAAGGUUCUUCUCCAGCUCCUCCAACCACGAAUAGUUACUCCUCCGGCCUCCCUUGACUGUUUACGUGCUCUCGCGUGUCGAGUCCUCCUUGGAUUAGCCAGAGAUGAUACAAUUGCACACAUAUUAACAAAGCUUCAGGUUGGGAAGAAACUGUCAGAGCUCAUACGAGACUUGGGCAACCAGAAUUCUGGAACUGAGCAGAGUAAGUGGCAAUAUGAGCUUGCUCAGGUUGCUAUUGAGCUUAUAGGGGUUGUAACUAGUUCUGGUCGUGCAAGUACCCUCGCUGCUUCAGAUGCUGCUACCCCAACAUUGAGGCGCAUAGAGAGAGCUGCAAUAGCUGCUGCUACCCCAAUUUCAUACCAUGCUAGGGAACUUCUAUUGCUUGUCCAUGAGCAUUUGCAAGCAUCUGGGUUGACAGAAACUGCAUCAACUCUACUAAAGGAGGCUCAGUUGAUACCUCUGCCAUCUUUAUCGGCACCAUCCUCUUUGACAUAUCAGAUCUCUGGCCAGGAAACUUCCUCAUUACAACAAACUCAUUGGCCAUCUGGGCGUGCACCUGGUGGGUUCAUGUUAGAUAAUAAGCCAAAAGCUGCUACUACAGCAUUGCAGGAUGAUGAGUUUGGAAUGAAAUGUGAUGCAGCAGCUUCCUCUAAAAAGAAACCAUUGGUGUUCUCGUCUGGAGGGCGUAGCAGUCUGCAUUCAAAAUAUAAUAGUCCUUCUGAGAUCUCACCAGUUUGCAAAAUCAAUAAUAGUCUGAAACAUUCUACACCUAUUAUUGGCCCCUCCUCCAUGGAAGGUCAACCAGCAUCUGUAGCUGGUAAUGUAGACAUGCAGUCCAAGACACCAACAGCUCUAAUGCCUGGAAAACGCAAAUCAACAGAUAGUGGGUCUGUAGGGGCACCACCAGUAAAACGCCUUAACAGUGGUGAAACUCUAUUUAAAUCUUUACCAACCUUAGGAACACCGAAUAAUGGCCGUAGAAGUGGUUUUCCUUCUGAUGCACCUCCGUUGUUGCUCACACCACCACCGAGCUCUCCAUGUGUCAAGGACCAGCAGCAGCACGGUCGGUCUGUUGGAAGUGCUUUACCAGUUGCUGCUGCUGAUGGGGGGGAUAUGAACCUUCUAAAUGACAUGCAAGCCUCAUCCUCAUCCAACACAGAGCGCUUGACACUGGAUUCUUUGGUGAUUCAGUUUCUGAAGCACCAACACCGCCAAUGUCCAGCCCCAAUCACAACCCUACCUCCAUUGUCCCUUUUGCAACCACAUGUCUGUCCAGAACCUAAACGAAGUCUUGAUGCUCCAUCUAACGUGACGUCCAGGCUCACUUCACGCGAGUUCAGAAGUAUGUAUAGUGGUGGUAUCCACGGAAGGCACAAGGAUCGCCAAUUUGUCUACAGCAGAUUCCGACCCUGGCGAACUUGCCGGGAUGAUGCCGGCGCCCUUUUGACUUGCAUGACUUUUCUGGGAGACUCUCAACAGAUUGCUGCCGGCAGCCACUUGGGAGAGCUUAAGAUUUUUGACUCUAACAGCAACACCGUUCUAGAGAGUUUCGCAAGCCAUCAAAAUCCCGUGACCCAACUCCAGUCCUAUCUUUCAGGAGGGAAUCCUCAACUCAUGCUCUCUUCAAGCUCUCAAGACGUGCAGUUGUGGGAUGUGUCUUCUGUUUCAGCUGGACCCCGCCAUUCAUUUGAGGGGUGCAAAGCUCCACGGUUUAGCAGUACCGGCACGACGUUUGCAGCGUUGUCAACAGAUUCACCCCAGCGUGAGAUUCUCUUGUAUGAUAUCCAAACAUGCCAGCUGGAGUCGAAGCUCACAGAUAACAUGUCUACUGUCACCUCGGGGCGGGGAAACAUGUAUUCCCUUGUACAUUUUGGCCCAUCAGACGAUAGACUGCUUUGGAAUGGUGUUUUAUGGGAUCGUCGUCAAUCACGCCUGAUACAUCGGUUUGAUGAGUUUACUGACUUUGGAGGUGGGGGCUUUCAUCCUUCCAGGAAUGAAGUAAUCAUAAACUCUGAGGUUUGGGACCUUAGGAAGUUCCGACUUUUGAAGAGUGUACCGUCAUUGCGUCACACCAUGAUAACUUUUAAUGGUAGUGGUGAUGUGAUAUACGCAAUACUCAGGAGAAAUCUUGAAGAUGUGACAUCGGCGUUCAACAAUUGGCGGGCAAAACACCCUCUCUUCUCGGCUUUCCGUACUGUAGACUCUGUUAACUAUGGUGACAUUGCCACCAUUCCCGUGGAUCGCUGCGUCCUUGACUUUGCGAUGGAACCAACUGAUUCUUUUGUUGGAUUGGUGACCAUGGAUGACCAAGAUGAAAUGUAUUCUUCUGCUAGAGUUUAUGAAAUCGGGCGUCGGAGACUCACUGAGGAUGACUCGGAUCCUGAUGAUGCCGAUAGUGAGGAGGGUGAAGAUGAUGAAGAUGAUGAUGAUGAGGAAGCCAUCCUUGCGACAGAUCUUGACGUGGAUGGUGAAAGUGAUGGUGAUGAUGUUAGUUUGGGCGGACUUGAUGAUGAUGAUGAUGAGGAUGAGGAUGAGGAUGACGAUGGGGGGUUCAUUAUGGGCUACGAAGGUGAAGAUGAAAUGUUAGAGAUUGUGACGGAAGGUGAAGAUGAUGACAGUGAAUUGAUGGAGUCUAUUGGUAGUGAAGAUGAAGAUGACGUUUUGUAGUGAAUAUUAAUAAUCAUUUAUACAUCUAUGUUAAACUAUGAUGCUGAGCAUAUUAGAAUCUCAAAAACAAUUUUAUUGCUCCAUAGAAAGAGAACAAAAUUGAUGGUUUCAUAGAGCCAAAACGAUUAUACACUACCAAAUGUUGGUCGAGCAGACCUCUUGACAAUUGACACAAUGAAAUUGG